CCGUCUUUUAAUUACCGUCACUGUCUGGUCCGAGGGGGAUCAUCUCUGCUAUUAAUGGUCACCCAAGCCUUCCGACCUCCGCCUAUGGCCCCGCAUGCGGUCCAGACUCCAGUAGCUAGUAGGUCAGUAGGUCAGUAGAUCAGUAGAGGAUCAGUAGGUCAGUUGCCCGUCAGUUGGUGGAUGAAUGGUGGCGAGCGAACUAGUACCUCGUGGCGUGACGGUGAGGGCAGCUUUCAUGCUGUCAAGUUUCAGCUGGACAGCUGAGCAAGAUUCCGGUCACAGAGAAGUUGAAGGGUGUCUAGUGUCCAGCAUUUUCUGUCAGUCCCUAGCCUAUUGUCUCGAUAGGUACAUAUCUUUCACAUUGCAGAGGUCCUUCUAACCUCGGAGCGACCGGCAGCCUCCUCCGAAGUUCUUCCUCACAGCCAUGGCUGCUGCGCGCUCCUUCCUUGCGCUUCUCCUGCUGACAGCGGCAACUGCUGCCUUUGCGCAUGCCGACGAAGGCCGCGCCUUUGACAUCACGACAGCCGCGAGUACGCCGCGCAAGGUGCUGAAUGGCGGGUCAGAUGGGCACUUGGCUUCAGCUGCCAGCCAGGCUGUCUCUGCGCUGAAGACCGCUGUGGAGGCCAUCGAGAGUGUGUUGAACAUCAAUGCACCGGGAGCCCUCGGCGCGAGCAACGAGGUCAAGCAGCUGUCUGGCUUGGAUAACUUCAAGAGGGUCAUCGCCACAGAAAAGAAGGUGGUGGUCAUGUUCACGGCAAACAAGAAGUGUCGUGGCUGUAAAGCUAUAGAGAGUGUUUAUGCAGAUAUGUCCGAAGAUUAUGCGGCAGUGGCGUUCUACAUCGUCGACGCUGAUGCCGAGGAGGAAAUUGCCGCGAGCUUCGCCGACCUGUUGUACCGCCUGCCUGCGGUCAUUGCAUUCAAAGACGGAGAUCAAUUUGGAUACGCUAUUGGACAAGACGUGCUGGGAGAUCUUGUACACUUGCUGGAGCGGCUCGUGGCUUGAGUGUCGGGAGGAUUUGCACCAGCUGGCCCGAUGAUGAACCUCAAACCCCAAGCAGGAAAAACUCUCAAGAUUUUAAUCAUCCGCCCUAAUCAUGUUGAAUAGGCGACCCCACAGUUAGUUCAAGGAUCUCUAUUGGUUGAAUGCCGCCUGUAAGUCGAAUGUAGUAAGCUCUGAGGGCACCGCUCUACUUGGACUCUGUGUUGAUCUUCAAUUGUGACAGGGAUGUUUUUGGAAUUGCGUUUCUCCAAUUUUGUC